AUGGCGACAAUGAGGAAGGUCCUGCCGCGGAGACUGAUGGUUUUGGCGUCUCUCCGGGCUGUCAGCACCUCUUCUGCGGAUACUUUCCCAAAGCAAGUGAAAAUUGUGGAAGUUGGUGCCCGAGACGGACUACAAAAUGAAAAGAAUAUUGUGCCUACUCCUACAAAAAUCAAGCUGAUAGACAUGCUUUCUGAAGCAGGACUCCCUGUUAUAGAAGCCACCAGCUUUGUGUCCCCCAAGUGGGUUCCCCAGAUGGCUGACAAUGCUGAAGUCUUGAAGGGCAUCCAGAAAUUUCCUGGCAUCAUCUACCCAGUCCUGACCCCGAAUAUCAAAGGCUUCCAGGCAGCGGUUGCUGCUGGAGCCAAGGAAGUGAGCAUCUUUGGAGCUGCCUCGGAGCAGUUCACUAAGAAGAACACCAACUGCUCCAUUGAUGAGAGUUUACAGCGCUCUGAUGAAAUCUUGAGGGCGGCUCGGGCCGCUGGUAUCCCUGUGCGCGGGUAUGUCUCCUGUGUGCUUGGAUGCCCCUAUGAAGGGAAGAUCUCCCCGGCUAAAGUAGCUGAGAUCACCAAGAAGAUGUACUCCAUGGGCUGCUACGAGAUCUCCCUGGGGGACACCAUCGGCGUGGGCACCCCUGGGAUCAUGAAGGACAUGCUGUCCGCUGUCAUGUAUGAGGUGCCCGUGGCUGCCCUGGCCGUCCACUGCCAUGACACCUAUGGCCAGGCCCUGGCCAACACCUUGAUGGCCCUGCAGCGCUUGAGGCAGCAAAAUGGCUCAGAGUUUACAGGCAGCCUGAGCCACUUUGGAGCAGGUUUUCCUGUUCAAGGCUUGGCAGAUAAAGGCCCCAGCUUCCAGGAGCUUCUGGAGGUUCACACCCUUGGAGAAACAAGAAGGGGCUCCAUGCCUGAGAGCCUACAGCGGGUUCAGGAGCUGACAGGCCGCUCUGUGGAGUUUGAGGAGAUGGACAUCUUGGACCAGGCAGCCCUACAGCGUCUCUUCAAGAAGCAUCACUUUAUGGCAGUCAUCCACUUUGCGGGUCUCAAGGCCGUGGGAGAGUCCGUGCAGAAGCCUCUGGAUUAUUACAGAGUUAACCUGACAGGAACCAUUCAGCUUCUGGAGAUCAUGAGGGCCCACGGGGUGAAGAACCUGGUGUUCAGCAGCUCAGCUACCGUGUACGGGAAUCCCCAGUACCUGCCCCUGGAUGAGGCCCACCCCACAGGUGGCUGUACCAACCCCUAUGGCAAGUCCAAGUUCUUCAUCGAGGAAAUGAUCCGGGACCUGUGCCGGGCAGACAAGACCUGGAACGCAGUGCUGCUGCGGUAUUUCAACCCCAUAGGCGCCCAUGCCUCGGGCUGCAUCGGUGAAGAUCCCCAAGGCAUCCCCAACAACCUCAUGCCCUACGUCUCCCAGGUGGCAAUUGGGCGACGGGAGGCACUGAAUGUCUUUGGCAAUGACUAUGACACAGAGGAUGGCACAGGUGUCCGGGAUUACAUCCAUGUCGUGGAUCUGGCCAAGGGCCACAUCGCGGCCUUGAGGAAGCUGAAGGAGCAGUGUGGCUGUCGGAUCUAUAACCUGGGCACGGGCACGGGCUACUCGGUGCUACAGAUGGUCCAGGCCAUGGAAAAGGCUUCCGGGCAGAAGAUCCCGUACAAGGUGGUGGCACGGCGGGAAGGCGACGUGGCUGCCUGUUAUGCCAACCCCAGCCUGGCCCUCAAGGAGCUGGGCUGGACAGCAGCCUUAGGGCUGGACAGGAUGUGUGAAGAUCUGUGGCGCUGGCAGAAGCAGAAUCCUUCCGGCUUUGGGGCGCAGGCCUGA